CUUAAAACUCGCGAACGCGUUGUGCUGUCUGCAGCAACCCGCGAGUGUCACAAUAAAAAAAAUCGCAAAAACUAAAUGAUUUUUGUGUGAAAUAAACAUUUAUUGUUAACUUUCAAGUUCUGUACAGUGUUAAAUGUUUGAUGGAAGUGUAUUUGCGGUCUGCUGAUGCUACAUUAACUAGAAACAGAUCAAAAUCAGCCAAUCACUCGCCGCUACACAACAAAUGGAUUAGCCUUAUAUUAUAAUAUAAGCCAAUCAAAUUAGACUAAGCGUAACAAUGUCUCGUCACAUAGUCACCGUCUGUAUGUUCUGCCUACUUUGCGCAGCGCAUUCAUGCGGCUCACACAUAGACAUACAAAACGAUGGCGUACUAACAUACGAUGCUAAAAUAAACGAUGUCGACCAUUUAAAUAUAGAUUUAGAAGAGAAAAGAAAACUCCCUUCGAGAUAUCAUCAGAAACUCCAGAAGAUAAGACAAGGGAAGGCUAAGAGGGAGAUCAAAGUGAACCCAGAUACGUAUGUGACGCAGAUAUUUAGGUUAUACGGUGACGCUGGGAGUAUGACGAUGAAUUUGACCGGGUUCAAUAAGAUGCUAGAAGAAUUAGAUCUACAUAAGUUAGUUGAAGGUGGUGAGAGGAGCGAGAGCCGAGGAUACUUCCACGGGCAGAAUGGAAAAGAGGAUGUUGUUAAUUGUAUGAACAGCUCCGACCUAAUCACAACAGUGAACACGAGGUUAAAACCCCCACACGACCAUUCACACCCACACUCACACUCAGAACAUGGCGACCACGACCACGAGUCUGACGCCAUCAUCACAGAAUCCACUCUACAGACAAUAUGUCCCAUCCUCCUAUACCAAAAACUAGCCAAUACCUCAAUAGAACGCACAGGAUGUAUAAAGGAAACCAGCAUAGGAAGAAGAACUGAUGUCACAAUAAAACACGUGCCAGAAGAAAGCGCGUACCACAAAAACAUGUAUGCAGUCUGGCUAUAUUCAUCCUUAUGUAUAUUAGCGAUAAGUGCCUGUGGUCUUCUAGGAGUAGCCGUGAUACCAAUCAUGCAUAAAACCUACUACAAUCACCUCCUACAGUUCUUAGUAGCGUUGGCGGUUGGCACGCUCUGUGGAGAUGCCCUUUUACAUUUAAUGCCUCAUGCUAUGAGUCCAGCUCAUGACCAUGGAGCUCAUGGAGAGACAGAGAUAGAAGCACGAGCUUCGCAUGACGAUGGCAUGUGGAAGGGGCUCGCAGCUAUGUUAGGAGUAGUGUUCUUCUAUUUCACUGAAAAGGGUCUAACAGUUGUAGUAGAAUGGAGGAAACGUCGCCAGAAGUUGGAGGAAGACAAGCUCCCAAGCAGGGUCCGUGUCCUUAAAGACGAAACUGUAGGAGGUUGCUCAGGAGGCUCCAAAGCUGCCAUAACGAACUCCACAUCAAAUUCUCUGCUAAAAAUCUUUAAGAGAGACGAAAAGGGUGAUCCUACAACGAAGACUUGUAAGCACAAGUAUUCGGAGUACCCUUACUGUUAUGACGAGAUCGACACGGAUACUCAUGAUGACCAUCACUUAAGGGACGGUAUACCAUCAAGUCCGAAGCAUGGGAAGAAGCAUAAUAACUCUGUAAGCGUAGUAUCCUCGAAUGCUCUUAACGCAGAAGGUAAAGAAGAACCGACGGCUAAGGAUUGGCUUCUGAAAGCCGAGUCUACUCCAGCGGUGGUGGAAAUGAACAAUAUCAAGCAUAAAGAAGAUGGCUCUAAAGAUCUCAAGGAUGGAGACAGCUAUACUGUUAUUUUAAGAGAGCACUCGAGGGCACAUCACGGGCACUCUCACGCACACGGGCACGUGCACGCUCCCCCCUCCUCCAUCGCCUCCGUCGCCUGGAUGGUCAUCAUGGGAGAUGGGCUGCACAACUUCACGGACGGCAUGGCUAUUGGUGCUGCGUUCGCGUCCAACAUAGCUGGUGGUUUCUCAACGGCUAUAGCGGUGCUGUGCCACGAACUGCCUCAUGAAUUGGGAGACUUCGCGGUCCUUCUGAAAGCAGGGAUGUCGGUGCGACGCGCAGUGGCCUACAACGUGCUAUCAUCAGGUCUGUGCCUCCUAGGCAUGGUGUGUGGUGUACUGGCUGGUCAUGCCCCGUCAGCCACCCGCUGGCUCUUCGCAGCCGCCGCCGGCAUGUUCCUCUACAUCGCUCUCGUUGAUAUGAUGCCAGAGCUCAGUACAUCGCAUAGCAAAGAAGGCACACUCUGCCAGUGUGUCCUACAACUCAUGGGGCUAGCAACAGGCAUCGGCAUCAUGCUGGUCAUAGCCCUCUACGAAGAAGACCUUAAGACAUUAUUCGGCUAAACUUACCUUUGCUAGUGCACCAAAUCCUGUGCAAGUGCGACAAACCCUGUGCAAGUGCGACAUAACCUGUGCAAGUGCGACAUAACCUGUGCAAGUGCCCAAAAAAUGUGAAUAAUGUGUAAUUAAAACCAGUGUUAGUGCCAAUUGGACUUGAUAACAUGUUUAGCUAAGUGAACCAAUGGUCCCUGACCAUAGUGUAUAGUUAAAAGUGAAUGAGAAAUGCAUAUAAAUGAAGUUUUUCUGAAUUGACAGUACUCUCUCGAAUACAUUUUGGGUUUUUUUCAGUGUAUUUUUGGUGCUAAGCUGUUUGUGUAGAUUUAACUUUUGUGUCAAAACGGCAAUGUUGUUAUUUGUAAAGUUAAUAUUAAAAUCGUCCUUUUGGUAAAGUGUGUCAAAAUAUAAUACGGUAGUUUCCAACUAGUCAAAUUCAAUACUUUUAUCCAAAUGUCAAAACCGAU